AUGGUAGAUUUAGGCUGGAAAAUAUUUUGGGGUCUGGUUCAUAUGAACUUCCUCAAUGAUGACAUUGUUGCUAUCAAACUCAAGCUGGUCACCAAUAACCCAUCUUCUGUGGAGCAUGAGCACAACAUUCUAAAGCAACUUGAAGGUGGAGUUGGGAUCCCCCAUGCCCUUUGGUUUGGCAGAGAGUCAACACAUUAUGCCUUGGCUCUCGACCUCCUUGGGCUGUCACUACAAGAUCUCUUCCUUGCAUCCAACCACAAAUUUAGCCUCCACACUGUUGUUAAUUUAGGAGACCAGCUGCUGUUGUAUCUCAAGUACAAUCACUCACAUGACUUCAUUCAUGGGGAUAUCAAACUGCAUAACAUUUUGGUAGACAAUUCGAGGCAAACUGUCUACAUCAUCAACUUUGGUAUCACGAAGAAGUACUGGAACAAUGCAACAAAAUCCCACAUCCCAUUUUGCCAAGGUCAACAUCUCACAGGCACCCCUGCCUUUGCUUCAAUCAAUAAUCACUUGGGAUUGGAGCCAGGUCACUGUGAAGAUCUCAAAUCACUUGCUUACAUGUUGAUAUAUUUCUUGUGUGGCUCCCUUCCAUGGCUAAGUAGUGACCAUGAGAGGCUGUCCAGCUCCAUGAUACUCAAGUGCAAAGUGGAUACCACCAUUGCUGAUUUAUGUGGUGGAAUUCCUGCUACAUUCACAAAUAUCCUUGUCUACUCACACUCUCAUUCUCAGAGGAUCCUGAUUAUGACCAUCUUCGUUCUUUACUUCAUGAUCUUUGCACUGCAGGGCCCACACCAGCUACACACUCCCUGA